CCACCACCUGCAUCUGUUCCCUCCAUUUCCCAUCUCUCUUUCUUCCCGUCUUUCCUCGCGUGCUCUGUCAAAAAGGGAAGAGGAAGAAGGUAAAAGCAGAGAAUCCCGCCUACUGCUGCUGAGAAGACCUCCAUCCAUCCAUUCUGAAGCUGCAGAAAAAGGAAGACCGACCAAGUGAAGUGAAAGGGAGUAGGAACGCAUGCAGGCCGCCUUCUGCUGCCAUCUUUUUUUGGAAUGGUGGAGUCCGGUUUGGUCGUUACCACCGCACCCCCUUGCCGCUGUUUAGCUCGCAACAGUUGCGCGACACCUCCCCCUCUCAUGUCAUAUAUAAGGACUUGUCCUUGUCCCCAACAACAAUGACGAGCAUGAAGCAAGAAGAAUAGAGAAGGCCCAAGGAAUAUGGGGAGAGAAGGGGGAGAGGAGGUGCCCGCUGCCGACGAGAUGAUGGUCACAAUGCGCCUGGUGAAGAAGAAGAAGAAGAAGAAGAUGGGCGGUGGCGUCGAGAACAAGGAAGGCAAAGGGGAGGAGGAAGAGGAGGAGCCGAGCAUCCACACCGACAAGCUUAGCUACGAGAUGUUCUCCGUCAUGGAGGACAAGUUCCUCUUUGGCUGCGACGACCACGAGCUCUGGGUCCCAAAGGCGCCUCCUUUGCCUUCCCCCGUCAAGAGCCAGAGGGGCAAGGUCUGCGUGCUCUGCAUCGACGGUGGCGGCGGCGGUGGGAUGCGCGGCAUCCUGUCAGGGAAGGCCCUUGCGUACCUUGAGCAGGCCAUCAGGUCCAGGUCCGGCAACACCGACGCUCGGAUUUCCGAUUACUUCGACGUCGCAGCCGGUACCGGCAUCGGAGGCGUCUUCGCUGCCAUGCUCUUCGCUACCCGCGACGGCGCCCGCCCGAUCUUCCACGCCGACGAUACCUGGCGUUUGCUAGCCGACCAUGGCAAAAUCCUCUUCCCAAAGGAUUCGCCUUAUGCCUGCUCGUCCUCCCGUAGCUUCUUCCGCCGCAUCUUCCGAGGCGGGGAAGAAGGGAGAACCGCGGCGGCGGCGACAGCAGCGAUGGAGAAGGUCAUGAAGCAGGCGUUCGGGGAGAGAUUGACGCUGCGCGACACGGUGAAACCGGUGCUUAUCCCAUGCUACGACCUGCGCAGCUCCGCGCCGCUCGUGUUUUCGCGCGCAGACGCAUUGGAGAGCGAGAGCUUCGACUUCCGGCUGUGGGAAGCGUGCCGGGCGACGUGUGCGGAGCCGGGCCGGUUCGAGCCAGCGGAGAUACGGUCGGUGGACCGCGCCACCGCCUGCGUCGGCAUCGACGGCGGUCUAGCGAUGAGCAACCCGGCGGCAGCGGCCAUCACCCACGUCCUCCACAACAAGAAGGAGUUCCCCUUCGUCCGAGGCGUCGAGGACAUCAUGGUCCUGUCCCUCGGCUGCGGUGCCUCCACCGUGCCGGAACUGGAGCGGUUGCGGCGGUGGAGCGCCAAGGAGUGGGCCCGGCCAGUCGCCCGGAUCGCUGCCGACAGCGCCGCCGACCUGGUGGACCAAGCCGUGGCGCUCGCCUUCGGCCAGUGCAGGAGCUCCAACUACGUGCGCAUUCAGGCGAACCCUUCAAGCAUGGGGAGAGGUGGUGUGGACGUGGACUGCGAUCCGAGCCCUGCAAAUGCGAAGGUAUUGUUGGAGGCAGCUGAAGAGAUGCUGAAGCAGCAGAACGUGGAGUCGGUGCUGUUUAGUGGCAGGAGGAUCGGAGAGCAAACCAACAUGGAAAGGCUGGAUUGGUUUGCAGGGGAGCUCGAGCUGGAGCACCGCCGGCGGAGCUGCAGAGUAGUAGCUCCCACCAUCGCAUUCAAGCAAGCAGCUUCCACGUCCACCUAGACUUGGAUUAAGCUACGAGUAAGAACUAAUCAUCAUCAUCUUCUUCUUCUGCCAUUGUUGUGUUGCUAUGCAGUGUUCACCUGACGAUUGAUAGAGUGGCUCCUCCUUGCUAAAAAUAUUUUGAAUUGAUACUCGAAGAAAAUAUUUUGAAUGUAAGAGAAACUGCCUGCACUUCAAGAAAAAUAAUACUUCAAGAAAGUAUUUUGAAUCGA